AUCCGGAGUCAGCGGUAAUUUCACCUUCACUCGUAGUGAGUGUGUGACGCGACUCACAAUCGGGGAUCUUCUAGAUCGUUCGCCAGGGGGGACACCGCGUCGCCUCUCGAACGUUCCCUCCCCGCCUAUUAAUCCUUCUCCGUCCCUCCCGUCCCCGACUAAACCCUAGAAAAAAAAAAAAGGGGGCAUUCGGAGAGAACGAAGGAAAGCGUCGGUGAAUCUAAUGGCGGAUUCGGCCCUGUUCGACACGGCGGUGAGCCACCUCUUCCACCUACCGGAGACGCUCGAGAGGCUCGUGUUCCCCUCGCCGCGCCCCGACGAGGCCCACCGCGGCGUCCGCCACCGUGGCCACGGCGGAGGAGGCGGCGCCGCUGCCGAGCACGACGGUGAGAAGGGGUUCGGGAGCGUCCCCGCCGACGUGCUCGAGACCCCCAAGGAGUACACCUUCUUCCUCGACGUCCCCGGGUUCUCCAAGGCCGAUAUCCAGGUGACAUUGGAGAAUGAGAAGGUGCUGGUAAUAAAGAGUGCAGGGAAGCGAAAGAGGGAGGAAGCAGAGGAGGAAGGAUGCAAGUACCUGCGCCUGGAGCGGAGGGCCUCACCGCGAUUCUUGAGGAAGUUCCGGCUACCUGACGACGCCAAUCCGUCGGCGAUCACCGCCAAGUGCGAGAACGGCGUGCUUACCGUGGUCGUCGAGAAGCUGCCGCCGCCGGAGAGCAAGACAAGGACUGUUGAGGUUACAAUAGCUUAGGAAGGGUCUCAAUCAAGGGUGUUUUGUGAUUAAGUGAUGUAUUUUGUAUAAAGAAUUUGUAGUCACCAGUAGUUUUUUCGUUGCAGAUGUAAUGCGACUUUAUGUUCUCCUUUUGGGCAAGUAAUAGGUAGAUCCAUGCUUCUUUGGCUA